CACUAGACUCUACGUUCAUGACGGUGCAGGUAGAAUGUAAGGUGUCUGUUUUAACUAAGUAUUAUAUAGCUGCAGCAUUGAAUAAAAAAAACAAUUUUCGUUGCGAUUAUUUUAGAACAUGUCAAUCAAAACAAUAAUACAGAUCUUAUUUUUUCACUUGGGAAUUGCGUAUACUGCCCGCUGAUGCGUAAUAAAAGUAGUGUAGUGGAGGUAUACACCGUAUCACUUAUGUGUACAAUAGAGAAAUCGUGUUCAAAGCAGCCUACACAAACGCAAAGCACGUGAGUUCCAUUCAUGUAAAACCGCACACAGCCUAAUUUCAGCGGAAUAUCGCCCGUCAGGCAGCAAGAGCGCGCAGCUCUCCACUUGUUGUCGCAUAGAGAGCAGCUCACAGAAGAACGACAUCCGUAGCAGACAAUGUUGAGCUCGUGUUGGAUUCAUCAGCCAUUCCUGAAUUAGGCACUGCCAAAGUGAGGUCCAGACCCACAGUCAAGCACUACAUGUCCUCCUCUGAUGUUGUGCAAGGGUUUGCUGUCCCAACACCCAAAGUUCCUGUCCUCCCCCCUUUCAACAGUCCAAAGAUCAACAGGGCAGUAAAUGGCGAUCGGUUUUCCAAUGGAUCAGCUAUAUCUGUACCUGAUUUGGUGGAGGGAGAGAUAUUUAUUCCACCUCCACCUUCGAUGGCCCCCCCACCCCCUCCACCCAUAUUCAACCCUCCCCCACCAGAUUUCUUGGGUGACUUGGACUCCAUUCAGCCUCCCUCCAUGCCCCCUCCAAAACCACAAUCAGUGGUUCUGUCUAAAGAGUACGAGGAUUUCUCCUCCCUGAAACCUCCACUAAUGGCCCCCCCGAAGCCCCCGUCAACUUCCUCCAGUGCUUCUAGUUCCUCUUUGUCCAGUUCUACACCACCACCAACCACUGUCCCUGAUAUCACAGAGCCCCCAAAGUUUGCCCCUCCACAGCCCCCUACAGACAUGAGGCAAGCUGCUCUGAAAGCCCUGAAGACACCGCCUACAAAGCCAAUGAGGCUGUCCUCCAUCCCCAUUAUGUGUGAACUCCCCCAGGUUCCAGCACCCCCUGUACAGAACCCUAGACCCUCCAGCUUCAACCCCCAGAACACAGCUAAGCUCUACAGUGUUCCUAAGACCGGCAUUCUAGAUAGGCAGGUGGAAGGUGAAAAUAGGCACAAGCAGAUCCUACUGCUGCAUGACCCUGGGUCUACUGACUCCAUCCAUGUCCAGGUCAAUGGGACAGCCCCCUCUGUGGCACCGCCAGUUAAGCCAGCCCGGAGAAACAGCUCGGGUAUGCUGCUGGAGCAAGACCUGAAGGAGUUAAAGGAUAAUUUUCAAGCCACCCUUCAAGGCCAACCCACCCCACCUGAGACUCGGGAGGAAGUGAAAGUGGAGCCGUUGCCUUUAUUAGCACAGCAGGCUAUCAACAAACCUGCCGAAACCCCCACUAAAGCAUCACCAACACUUCAGGUGAUCACUGCCCCUGUAACCAUAGAGGCUAGCCAGGUCAAACACGAAGUGUCUCCAAACCGGAGUCGCAAGUUCAGUCCUAUGCUGGAUCGUAAACUGCGCAACCUAAAGUUCAGUGCGGUCACUGGGACGAGGGAGGGUCCUGCCACUUCCCCCCUGGCUCUUCUCAUGGCGGCUAAAGAGCGAGAGAAGCACAGGUCCACUUUGUCACACGAAAACAGCACAAAGAGUAAUGAGCCAUCCACCAGCAUCCAGCACAGCGAAUCCAAUCCCAAUUCUUUCACCAUCGUCCCCAGGUCCACCUCAUUCACUUCUGUGACCUCACAAGAUAAUCCACAGUCUGUGGUCCCAGUGCAGCCCCCAGUGGUGAUCCAGACUCCAGCAAAACCCCAGAUCAUUGAGUCAGUGGUGGAAAAGAAGCCAAUUGUAAAUCCAGUAUUUCAGGGGCUCCUGGCUGUGGAGAAACAAAGUGGAGAGCAGAGGAUUCCUUCCCCCUUUAGCCUUGUCAGGAAUGAAGAGAACAGGGAGGACCUAUGCUUGCCAUUACUCCCUCCCCCUCCCGAAUUCGAUGACCAUGAUGUCGUGGACUCUCCUCCCAGCUUACCUCCACCUGACCCUCCGCUGAAGAAGGUCCUGCCUCCCACUCCCAGCCCUGUCCUUCCAGUCCUGUCCUCUACUGCCAUCCCUGUCCUUCCUGUCAAAACUCCCUCGCCUCCCCCUCCAAAACCUAAAUCUCCAAGCCCUCCCAAAUUCCCCCCUCCUGUCAUGGAGAUCAAACCCAAACUGCCUGUUCAGACCAAACCCAAGCCGCCUCCCACCCAGGCCCUCUCCUCCCUCUCAGCCAGCCAGGCCACGCUCCAGAGCAUCCUGCAGAAGAAGAUGCUAGAGAUGGACUGCAAAAUGGACAUCAAAAUGCUGGCCAUGAAGGAAACAGACUCUGAUGACUGGGGAUCUCCCUUAUCUGAUGAGACCAAGUUCCCGGUUGUCCCCAGAGUCACCCCGAAAAACCCUGUUAUCACUGCAAAGAGCAAGAGUGCCACUGUGCCAGCAAAAACACAAGGACUGGACAUGAAGGAGAUGGAGACAAAAAUGGCCAUGAAAGGUCAGGGUUUGUCAGAGCCAUCAAAAGUUCCCACAAGCAAUGGGCCACGGUCAAAGCAGGCGUAUGGCAUGACUUUCAUGGUACAACCCGGAACCAAACAACCAAUCACUGUUGUCAGCAAAUGAGGAUCCAACUCAAUUAUACCACACACUGUACCAUACAGCCCCUGUCAAGAGCAAGGACAAUGGAAAGAGCACCUUAAAUACAGCUAAAAAUUGAUAUAUCCAAUAAAAACACUAAGUAUGUAUGCCAAGGAUGUUUUCACCAAGCCCCUGGUACAAGAAUGUGCUAAGCAUUUGUCUAGAAAAGGUUUUGCUGUACCACAGCACAUAAACCUGCCCUCCAGAGGUGCUGUGUCAAAUAGCUUCUUGUCUAGGUGCCAAAGUCUAAAGAGUGGGUGGACUGUUGGAACAGCUUUCAACAGUAUCUUUGACUGCUACGGUUUAAUCAGUGCUAGUACACAUUGCCUUAUUUUUACCUCGGGUAUCGGUCUGACCUAAUAGAUUCAAAGCAGAUUGUGAGGCUGUUUUUAAAAAUAGGAGCUGUAAUUUGCCAGCCUUAAUAUACACUGAAUAAUGCCAUGCAUCAUAAGGAUAUUUAUAUAAAUGUCUUGAAGAAUUACUAUAAGGAUGUGUACAGAUUGUUUUUGCUUAUGCUUCCAUUGUGUCACAGUACCUGUACAUACUGUAUAUUUUUAGAGCAUAAAGGUAAUUUAACUAGUCUACUACAAUACAUUAAGAACAAAUGUU